AGGCGGGCACACUGCAUCUUUUGCAUCAAUGUUUUGCCGACAACAAAUUAGUUUUUCAAUGAUUUACUAACUUAAAAAGUGAAAGAAAUGGCGCAAACGCAACCCACAGCAGCCAAACGCGUGAAGCUGGAGAAGCCGGCUCAUUCGGUAGAGGAAGAUGAGACGCCCUCCGUCUUCAAUCCCAAGUACAGGGUAUGCCCCUACCUGGACACCAUCAACCGGAACAUGCUGGACUUUGAUUUCGAGAAGCUGUGCUCCAUCUCGCUGACCAGGAUCAAUGUGUACGCUUGCCUGGUGUGCGGGAAGUACUUCCAGGGGCGCGGCACCAACACCCACGCGUACACGCACUCAGUGGGCGAGGCACACCACGUGUUCCUCAACCUGCACACCCUGCGGUUCUACUGCCUGCCCGACAAUUACGAGAUUAUCGACUCCUCGCUGGACGACAUCAAGUAUGUGCUUAACCCGACGUUCCUGCGGCAAGAAAUAGCCCAGCUAGACCAACAGCAGCCAAAGCACUCGCGCACCGUGGACGGAGUGCUCUAUUUGCCAGGCAUUGUCGGCUUGAACAACAUCAAGGCGAACGACUACUGCAACGUGGUGCUGCACGCCCUCUCCCACGUGGGCCCGCUGCGGGAUUACUUCUUGCGGGAGCAGAACUAUGCGCACAUCAAGAGACCACCAGGUGACUCCAUGUUCACGCUUGUCCAGCGCUUCGGCGAGCUAAUGCGAAAGAUGUGGAAUCCGCGCAACUUCAAGGCGCACGUCUCGCCCCACGAGAUGCUCCAAGCGGUGGUGCUAUGGUCCAGCAAGCGAUUCCAAAUCACCGAGCAGGGCGACCCCAUCGAUUUCCUCUCCUGGUUCCUUAACACCCUGCACCGUGCCAUGAAGGGGACCAAGCAACCGAAUUCGUCCAUACUCUACAAGAUCUUUCUGGGCGAAAUGCAGAUAUACACGCGCAAGAUACCGCCCGUGGAGCUGGAUGACAAGGCCAAGGCGGAGCUGCUGGCCACCGACGAGUACAAGGACCAGGUGGAGCAUACUAACUUCAUCUAUCUCACCUGCGAUCUGCCACCGCCGCCGCUGUUCAUCGACGAGUUCCGCGAGAACAUCAUUCCACAGGUGAAUCUCUACCAGCUGCUGGGCAAGUUCAACGGCAGCGCGGAGAAGGAGUACAAGACAUACAAGGACAACUUUAUGAAGCGCUUCGAGAUCACCCGCCUGCCGCAGUUCAUCAUUCUGUACAUUAAGCGGUUCACCAAGAACACCUUCUUCCUAGAGAAGAAUCCCACCAUUGUCAACUUCCCGAUCAAGAACGUGGACUUUGGCGACAUUCUGGGCAUGCGGAAACGGGACACAAACGUGAAAGAUACGAAAUACAAUCUGGUGGCUAACAUUGUCCACGAUGGCGACCCGAAGAAGGGCACCUAUCGUGCUCACAUCCUGCACAAGGCCAACGGGCAGUGGUACGAGAUGCAGGAUCUGCAUGUCACCGAAAUUCUACCCCAGAUGAUCACACUCACCGAGUCCUACAUACAGAUUUACGAGCGAUGUGCGGACACCUCCUGAUCCCUCCGCCAUUCAACGUACUUUAAGCUGGGUGUGUGUAUGGUUUUUAUUAGUAAUUAUAAUAUGAUCCCGACCAGCAUCCAAAUAAAUAAGUAGGCAAAAAGUGAAGUGAA